GGGAUGCACUACCUAUUUCAUAACACACCAGCAAGGAGGGAUGACUUCAUUGCCCUCACCAAAUCCUCAGUCUUCCCGCUACCAUUCUGUGGGCAUCGGUGGAUUGAAAACCUGCCAGUUGUAGAAAGGGCCAUAGAGGUAUGGCCUUCACUGGUGACAUACGUGGAUGCAGUGCGGACAAAGAAGGUUCCAAACCCUGGAACAGCCUCAUUUGACACCAUAGAAGCAGCCAAGCAAGAUCCACUCAUCUUGCCUAAGCUACAAUUCUUCAUGGCCAUCUCAAGGACGUUCACUCCCUUUCUGACGAAGUAUCAGACUGACGCACCAGUCAUGCCAUUCCUUUGCAAGGACUUGGUGGAGUUGUUCCAGAGUAUGCUUAGGCGUUUUGUCAAGAGGGAGCAUCUCCAAAACAUCACUCCAGUGCAGCUGGUGAGGCUGGAUGUGGCUGACCAAAAGAUCUGGGUCAACUUGAAGGAAGCUGACAUAGGCUUGGGUGCAGAGGCAGCCCUGAAGGACCUCCAGAGAAAGAACAGCAUAGGAGAGCUCACUGCCCUAGAGUUUAGGAAGGACUGCGUGAAGGGUAUGUCAAAUAUCCUAAAGAAAGUCCAGGACAAGAGCCCCCUGAAGUACCCUAUUGUGAGACAGGUGGCAUGCCUGGACCCCACAGCCAUGUACUCCGACCCGGACUGGUGCCAGGGAAGAAUGAGGAGUGUAGUGCAGAAAUUCCUGCAAGACAAGCAGUUGUCCAGAGGUGUCGCUGCUGGUAUGAAUAGUUCAUAGAAUAGUUUUAAUGUUGUUCCUGAUUAUAAGGAACAAUUGGACAUAAGACCAUCUGCUUAUCAUAAUUAAUCAUCUAAAUAAGAUUUC